ACACACAGAGGGGGAUUUUUAUUGGGUAUUUACGUUUGUUGUGAAAGAGCUGAAGCUGAAGGAUGCCGGAUCCAAAGUCCUCAAAGACAACAACAGGACUUCCCAAGGCUUCAAAUCUCGAAUGCAAGGAUCUCUAUGAGUAUCUGCAAACCAGAUCACCGGAUGUGCUGGACAGGCUCUACAAUUACGCGACAAUUUGUCUAGCAGUCUACAGGGAACUUCCUGAGAUUGCCCGGCAGUUCGUGAUAAGGAUACUUUUUGUGGAACAACCCGUACCGCAGGCUGUUGUGGCAUCAUGGGGAUCACAGUUGUACGCCAAGGAGCAUGCUGCUGCAACGGCAGUUCUCACGGAUUUGGGUGUUUGGCGAGCAGCUGCAAUUCCCGGUGGACUCCCAGCGUGGGAACUCAGCCCCACGUACAAGAAAAACCUCAAGAUUGCCCUCCUUGGCGGUGGGAAGCCCUGGUCAAUGUCAAAUGCCCUCGAAUCCGACUCCAAGGCACGCGAUGUGUCCUUCCUGGACAACUACGCCAUGUCCCGGUGGCGCUGUGUUCUGCACUACAUGGUGGGUGCAUGCAAUACCAAAGCAUCCGACGGGGAGACCAUCUCUCCGGAUGCCGUGAGGAUUCUUCUGCAUGCAAAUCUCAUGAAGCGCGAAGAUGAUGGGAGUUGUGUCAUCACAAAGCAGGGAUUUCAGUUCCUCCUGCUGGACACACAGGCACAAGUUUGGCAUUUUAUGCUGCAAUACCUCGACACAUGCCAUCAGCGUGGGCUGGAUCUCGGGGAAUGCCUCUCAAUGCUCUUCCAGCUGAGCUUCUCCACCCUGGGCAGGGAUUACAGCAGUGAAGGACUCAGUGCGGGUAUGUUGACCUUCCUGCAGCAUUUGCGGGAGUUUGGGCUCGUCUACCAGCGCAAACGGAAAGCUGGACGUUUCUAUCCCACCCGGUUAGCCCUGAAUAUCACAAAUAAGGACGCCGUGCCAAUUGUGAUGAAUGAGGAAGACGCCCAGGCGCCUGGGAAGCGUCACAUUGUCAUUGAGACCAAUUACCGCGUCUACGCGUACACAGACUCCAAUCUCCUGGUUGCUCUGCUGGGACUCUUCACGGAACUCCUGUAUCGUUUCCCAAAUCUCACCGUGGGCGUCCUCACGCGGGAUUCCGUGCGUUCCGCCCUACGUGGGGGCAUUACAGCCGAACAGAUAAUCAGCUACCUCGAGCAACAUGCCCAUCCGUGCCUCCUGAAUGUGGUACAUCCGGCAAGUUCAGGCUUCCGCCAUAGAUCCUGCCUUCCACCGACAAUUGUGGAUCAGAUAAAGUUGUGGGAGAAUGAGAGGAAUCGUUUUAUCUACACGGAGGGUGUUGUGUACAAUCAGUUCCUGUCGCAGGCGGAUUUUAUCACCCUCCGGGACUAUGCGCAGUCCAUUAGUGUCCUCGUGUGGCAGAAUGAACGCACCCGGACGAUGGUUGUCACCAAAUCCGGACAUGAUGAUGUCAAGAAGUUCUGGAAGCGCUACUCAAAGGGAACAACGUGAACUUCCGGAAAACCGAAUUUGCAAAAUAAAUUUUUAAAAAAAUUAAAA